AAAUGGUGGUGUCCAUUAUCCACUCAUCUCCAAUAUUGUUUAGCCUUUUUACACACUUCAACAUAGCACACAUUCACAAGUAUACGUUUGGUUACAUACAAAAACUAUCACAAGCAAUUUAGAUAGGCACAUUGAAGAAAAGAUGCUGAGGUUGAGAAGAUGCAUGUCUCUGGUUUUAGUUCUUGGGGUGCUGUUUUUACGGAAAGAUUGUUUAGCAGCUGAUAAUGGCAGUGUUGUUAUAAAAAGAUCGAGCUUUCCAGAGGGUUUUGUUUUUGGAACUGCCUCUUCUGCUUACCAGUAUGAAGGAGCUGUGAAGCAGGACGGAAGGGGACAAACCAUCUGGGAUAAAUUUGCACAUUCAUUUGGAAAGGUGGUUGAUUUUAGUAAUGCUGAUGUUGCUGUGGAUCAGUAUCAUCUCUUCAACGAUGAUAUUCAACUAAUGAAAGAUAUGGGUAUGGAUGCUUACCGGUUUUCAAUUGCUUGGUCUAGGAUUUUCCCAAAUGGAAGUGGAAAAAUCAAUCAGGCUGGAGUCGAUCAUUAUAAUAAUCUGAUCAAUGCAUUGCUAGCCAAUGGAAUUGAGCCAUAUGUCACCCUAUACCAUUGGGAUUUACCUCAAGCACUAGAAGACAAAUAUGAAGGAUGGCUCAGCUCCCAGAUAAUAAAUGACUUUGCCACAUAUGCCGAGACCUGCUUCCAAAAGUUUGGUGACAGAGUAAAGCAUUGGAUUACGCUCAAUGAGCCACACACUUUUGCAACACAGGGUUAUGAUGUUGGCCUCCAGGCUCCAGGACGAUGCUCAAUUCUUCUUCACUUAUUCUGCAGGGCUGGAAACUCUGCGACAGAACCUUAUAUAGUCGGUCACAAUGCUCUUCUUGCUCAUGCAACUGCGGUGGAUAUCUACAGAAAAAAAUACAAGGGAAGCCAACAUGGAUCAGUAGGGUUAGCAUUUGAUAGUUUUUGGUAUGAACCUGCAACAAACUCGACAGAAGACAUACAAGCUACACAGCGAGCAAUAGAGUUUCACUUGGGCUGGUUUGUUGACCCCUUGAUAUUUGGAGAUUAUCCCAGCUCGAUGAGAACUAGAGUAGGAAGCAGAUUACCUAGAUUUUCCAAAGAGCAGUCCAGUCUUCUCAAGGGUAGCCUGGAUUUUGUUGGCAUAAAUCACUAUACAACUUGGUAUGCCGAGAACAAUUCAACAAAGAUCAUAGGCAUUUUGCUUAAUGAUACACUGUCAGAUAGUGGUGCUGUUACUCUCCCAUUCAGAAAUCUGAAACCCAUCAGUGAUCGCAGGGCAAAUUCUAUAUGGUUAUACAUAGUUCCUAAUGGCAUCAGAAGUCUUAUGAAUUACGUGAAGACAAGAUACGGGAAUCCUCCAGUCAUAAUAACUGAAAAUGGAAUGGAUGAUUCAAAUAGCCCUUUUACAUCCAUUAAGGACGCGCUAAAGGAUGAGAAGAGAAUACAAUACCACAACGACUAUUUGACGAAUUUACUAGCCUCCAUCAAUGAGGAUGGCUGCAAUGUGAAGGGAUACUUCGUGUGGUCUCUACUAGAUAACUGGGAAUGGGCAGCUGGAUACACCUCAAGAUUUGGUCUCUAUUAUGUUGAUUAUAAAGACAAGCUCAAGAGGCAUGCUAAGGACUCAGUUCAGUGGUUCAAGAACUUCUUGGCCUCCGCAUAGACUGCAGUGCCGGUGAAGAUACAUCAUACAGCUCCAUAUUCCAUUCAGACAUCUCAAUGUCAAUUGUCAUCAUGUUACUAGAACUACACUACCAUUUAUUUAUUACGUCGUGGAUCGGUUAGUCCACAUCAACUAAUUACAGUUGAUAUUUCUUUUAUUCUAUGUUACAAAUUGAAAGAUUCUAUAGAUUAAUUGAUUACAUAAUUGGCGUCUCA